UUUUGCAUUUUACUGUUUUAAUUCAUUUCGAAUUAAUACUAAAUCAGCUUUUUUUUGCAAGUGUGAUGAAUGAAUUCAUAUUUAGUCUAAAACUACACUGUAUUCAAACAGCUCACACAACACCUCUACACUCCAGAUUUCUCCCAACAUGGGGACAGGAGACCUGUCAGUCAAUAAAUGGGAAAUCAAAGUAAUUCAGAUGUUUUCUUUUUAAUUUUCUCUUAAUGACUUUGAAAGGGGAAGCGGGUUUUAGUUCACAUCAUGCUUUGCAUAUGAUUAAUCACAUUUUUGGGUUUUUUUGCAAAUAUGAAACUUAUUUAACAUGAAACUAGUUUUCCCAGAUGGUUUGUAGAAAUUUGUGUUUCACAUAGAUUGCCAUUACAAUCUCGUCUGAACCUCUGUAGAAAAUAUAAUUUCUUUAGCAAACUUAAUGGUUCACUGAGAAAUCAAACGCCUGGGAAGCUGGGACUAGAUUUUUUUAAACGUUGACGAUAGGAAUGUUUAAAUCACAUAUGAGGGAAGUUCGAGGAUUGUAUCAUAAUAGUUCACUGAUGUGUAUAUUAAAAAAACUAUUAGCAGUGCAGCUGCUUCUCAUCAUGAACAUUGUGCUCUGUGUGGCAACUUGCAGUAAUGCAGAAUAUGAAAUUAAUGAAGAGUGUUGCCCAAUGUGUGAUCCAGGAAAGCGAGUUCAUAAACAUUGUGAUGAGUACACAAGCACAACAUGUGAUUCAUGCCUCGUGAUGACCUACACAAACACUCCCAGUGGACUGACAGAAUGUCUGCCUUGUUCCUUCUGUGAUCCAAGCAAUGGGCUGAGAGUAAAGCAGGCAUGUACAUUACUAUCAAAUACAGUGUGUGAACCUCUGCCAGGUUAUUACUGUAUAGACUUCCUCUCAAACUGUAUAAAGGCUAUUAAACAUUCGGCCUGCUCACCUGGACAAUACAUCAACCAAACUGAAUAUGAGAUACACAAGCAGUGCUGCCCAAAGUGUGCCCCUGGCAACCAUGUUCAUUGGCACUGCACAGAUGACACCAGCACAACUUGUGCUCCAUGCCCUUCAUUAACUUUUAUUGAUGAACCCAAUGGCCUUAAGGAAUGCUUUCCCUGUUCUAUAUGUGAUGCAGGCUGUGGUUUAAGAGUGACUAAAGUAUGCACUCGUUCAUCCGAUACUGUUUGUGGGCCACUGGAGAGAUUCUACUGCAUUGAAAAAAAGAAAGCAAGUUGUACUUUAGCUAUGAAACAUUUAGAAUGUAGCACUGGACAAUACAUCAAACAAGCAGGUACCGCCUCCACAGAUACUAUAUGUGCUAACUGUACAGGUGACACAUAUUCAAAUGGAUCUUUCUCUUCCUGUUUACCACACACAAGAUGUGAGACCCUGGGACUUACUGAAACAAAUCCAGGAACACAUUCAUCUGACUCCAAAUGUGGAAACCCCUCUACUGCUGUAGCAAUAAUUGCCCCUAGUGUUAUAGUUACUUUAAUAUUAAUACUAGUACUAUUUUUAGUAUUUGUUUUCAUAUUUAAACAUAUUCAGAAGAAGCAGCAAUCAAAACGUUCGGUGGUUGGCGGCAGGAAAGCUGGUGAGACAUUUGAAACAGAAGAACAAUCUUGACAACCUGCGAAUGACUACAGUUUUUAACCAACCUACAUAUUUCACUGCAUUCACUGAAGGAGUUAUUCUGCUUUAGCAGUUUGAGCCACAGUCAAUGAAACAAAAAGUCAAACAGCAUUAAAUGAUUUAUCAUUCUUCUAUUAUGAAUUAUCUACAUAUCAGUUACUAAAGAAAUACUGUAGCCGUGUCUCAUUUAGAAGGCUGCUGUAUAUGUGCAACAGACAUGUUAAAGAAAAACAGGAGGAAGAUAUUAAGAACACAUUUUAUCCUUUUUUAAAGUAACGUUACGUUGUAAACACCACAUCUGCUCUUGUGUUUACAUCAGCCGGCACCGGCAUUAUUCAAAUAUUAAUGGUUGUUUACAGUGACGCAAAGAAUUGUGGGUUAUGUCUAGCAGUGAAGGAUACACCUCAUGAAUUCUUCGAAUUCCCACGAAAGAAGGACACAUUCAAAAGUUGCAUUUGUGUCCUUGUAUUAAGUAUUAACUUCUUAUAUUAAGUAAAUACAACUAAGAAAUUCCAAGUUGCCAGAAAUUGUACAUGAGUUUGAUGAGUGUAAUGAGUUGUUUGAACUAUGCACGCAAUAGUGCACUUAAUAAUUCAGAAAUGUUGAAAAUAGUGAUUCUGAACUAGCAGAGCUUGCAUGUAAAUUAACAUCACUAAACAAACCUUUGUUAGAUUAUUCUUAUUUCACUUGGUUUUUUUUUCAAGGCAAUCGGUUUACAUGCAUUUCUAAAAUAAGGUCAACUAAUUAGAAUGUACAGUGUACUUUUAGCCUAGAUGUUUUGUGAAAAAGUUUAUUCUGCUAAACUACAAAAGCAUAUUCAAAAUAGACAUUUUUAACUGUAUAUUGCAAUGAUAUUAGUGGUUUAUAUUUGCAUAAUAGAAAAUGCUUGUUGGAUAGUUUUUGUUUUCCACUCAGUAGUAUUUGUUUGCUGUUAGUGUAAGAGUUGUAUUGUACAGCAUGUAGAUAGGCAGGAAGUAUGUAGACAGGUGCAGAAGCUUUUUUUUUUCAUGUUUCAUGAUUUCUUAUUAUAUUCUGAGUACAAGUAAGGAAAGACAUGUUCAAAAUAACCACUUCAGAGAAGGGUGUACCAUUUCCUGUUCGUUCCAGUCAUCUCAUCAUCACAACAUAACAAUUUAUCAUUACAUUUGUAUUACCUAUUUUUAUUGUUUAUUCAUUCAUUUAUUUAGUUUUUUUAUAUUUUAGAUUUCUUAUAAAUUUUUCCUUGUUUAUGUAUUUUCAUUAUUGUUCAAUCUCAUGCUUGUGGUGUUUAAUAAACUGUUCUGUCUGUAUGAAUAGAAGUAGAUAAGGGGAAAUGUUUAUGAACGUUUUGUAUAACAGUAAGUUGAAUUUGUGCUGUUCAGACAAAUUGUGAACAAUGACACAUACGCAACUAAGAUUGCUUAAUAAACCGCUCAUUUUAUCUCCGG